AUGGCACUCACUCACAACGCAAUCCACGCAAUGUACGAGUCGCUCGACGACCCCGCAAGCGUGGAACCCGUCUUGCAGGUACUCAGCGUCAAAAAGGUCAACGCGUCCGGCGCAGUGGCCACCGACAGGUACCGCCUGAUCCUCUCGGACGGCGAACACUUUGCCCAGGCCAUGCUCACGACGACCCUCAACCACUACGUCUCGGGCGACUCGCCCGAAAUCGUCAAGAACACGAUCGUCAAGCUGCCCACCUACGCAGUCAAUGUCGUCCAGAACCGCCGCAUCGUCAUCAUCCUCUCCGUCGAACCCGUCUCCCACCACCCCGAAAAGAUCGGCCAGCCCAGCUCGAUCGAAACCGCCCUCCAAGGACAACAACCCCAAGCCGACACUUCGAUGGCCGACUCUGCUCCUGCUCCCGCUGCGCCUGCGCGCCCGAUGGCGGGCAGUAACGCGAGUAAGACGCCUGCUGCGGCGGCGAGGAGGGGGGCUGCGCAGAGGACUGGGCCUGGAGGGGCGAGGGGCGGAGGGAGCUUGAGCGAUGCGCCGAUUUACCCUAUCGAGAGUCUGAGUCCGUAUCAGAACAAGUGGACGAUCAAGGCCCGCGUGACGAGCAAGUCGGAGAUCCGUCACUGGACGAACCAGCGCGGCGAGGGCAAGCUCUUCAGCGUCAACCUCCUCGACGAGUCUGGCGAGAUUCGCGCGACAGGGUUCAACGAAGCCUGCGACCGCCUCUACCCGAUCCUCGAGGAACACAAAGUGUACCGCAUCUCGCGCGCGAGGGUCAAUAUCGCCAAGAAGCAGUUCUCGAACCUCAACAACGAGUACGAGAUCACGUUUGAGAACAAUACAGAGGUCGAGGCGGUGGAUGAGUCGGAGGACAGUUCAGUCCCGAAGGUCCAGUUCAACUUUGUCCAGCUCGCCGACCUGACGUCGGUCGACAAAGACGCGACCUGCGACGUGAUCGGCAUCGUGCAAGACAACGGCGUCGUUUCCGAAAUCACGGCCAAGGCGACACAGAAGCAGAUCAAGAAGCGCGAACUCACCCUCGUCGACCGGUCGCAGUAUGCGUGCCGCGUCACGCUCUGGGGAAAGCAGGCGGAGAGCUGGAACGAGGUCGAUAAUGGGAUUGUCGCGAUCAAGGCGGCCAAGGUCGGGGACUUUGGAGGCAGGAGUCUGAGCGUGUCUGGGCAGUCGACCGUCGUCGUUGACCCCGAUAUCGAGGAGGCGCACGCUCUUCGCGGAUGGUACGACACGCAGGGGCAGAACCAGUCGUUCCACUCGCACUCGAACGCGAUGGGCGCCGGCGCCGGUUCCGCCAACGCCUUCAAGCCCGACGCGUUCAAGCCUCUCAAGGACGUCGUCGACGAGAACCUCGGGAUGGGCGAGAAGCCCGAUUACUUUGCGACGCGCGCGACGGUCACGUACGUCAAGGGCGACAACUUGUCGUACCCUGCUUGCCCGACCGACCGGUGCAACAAGAAGAUGGCGCAGGAGGGGGAGAGGCAGUGGAGGUGCGACAAGUGCGAGAUGACGUACGAGCAGCCGCAGUACAGGUACAUCAUCUCGAUGUGCGUCAACGACUACACGUCGCAGAUCUGGGUGUCGGGCUUCAACGAGGUCGGGCAGGACCUGUUUGGCAAGACGGCGGACGAGAUGCAGGCGCUCAAGGAGGACGACGACCCGGCGUUCCAGUCGACCAUCGCCAACGCGAUCGGCAAGUGCUACAACCUCAACAUCAAGGCCAAGGCCGACUCGUUUGGGGACCAGACGCGCGUCCGGUACCAGAUUCAGAAGAUUGCGAGGGUCGACUGGGCGCAGGCCGCGAAGACGCUCGCCGAACAGAUUGAGAAGUGGUGA